AUGGCGCCCACCAAAGGGUCGUCGAAGGGCGCCUCAUCUGGAGGCGGCUCGAAGGGAUCCAAGUUCUCGAAGGGAUCCAAGCCUUCGAAUCCCUCAUCUGAAUCUCGCGUGAGAAAGCCCAGCGGCAAGAAGAACGUGAAGCGUCCCCCGCCACAAGAAGUCAAGUCGAAGGCACGCACCGCCCCAGAGAACCUGGCGAGGAAGAAGAAGAGAGUCUAUACAGAGGCAGAGCUUGAUCUUCCCAAGUUGAACACAAUCACACCCGUCGGAGUUGUCAAGCCAAAGGGCAAGAAGAAGGGAAAGACUUUUGUCGAUGACCAGGAGGGUAUGAUGACCAUUCUCGCUAUGGUCAACGCCGAGAAGGAGGGACAGAUCGAAUCAAAGAUGAUGAAGGCACGCCAACUCGAGGAGAUCCGAGAGGCCAAGAAGGCCGAGGCCGAGGCACGAAUGGCAGAGAGGAAGUCCAAGUUGGACGCAGUCAAGGACUCUAUUCGGAACAAAAAGAAGGGCAAGGGUGGCAAUGACAAGGCAGAGACUGCGUCUCCGGCCUCCUCAAAAUCGGCAAAUGGCUCGAAGCCCGCCAGAGGAACGCGCAAGAGCGUCUCGUUUGCCUGA